AUGGCGUUCAUGGACAAAGUCUUUGGCGCCUAUGAUCGGCGCACGGCAACCUUGACGAAAACGGACAACCCCUUUGCCAAAGGAGCUGCUUGGGUGGAGGGAGUUGUGGUGCCUCUUCAUGAGGCACGCAUUCCGCUCCUGGAUCAGGGUUUUCUGCACAGUGAUUUGACUUACGAUGUACCGGCGGUAUGGGAUGGUCGUUAUUUCCGCCUUGAUGACCAUCUCACACGCUUUGAAGCAAGCCUCGUCAAAAUGCGCCUGACGCUACCACUACCACGGGCUGAGGUCAGGGCGAUAAUGGUCGAUAUGGUCGCUCGGAGCGGGAUCCGGGAUGUAUUUGUUGAAAUUAUCGUCACGAGAGGUCUCCAAUUCGUCCGCGGGACCCCGUUAGAGUCUCACAUCCACAAUCUCUACAUCCUCAUCAUGCCAUACAUCUGGGCAAUGCCGCCCGAGAUACAACGCACUGGCGGUAGUGCAAUUGUUGCAAGAACUGUGCGCAGGACUCCUCCAGGAUCAAUGGAUCCGACCAUCAAAAAUCUGCAGUGGGGUGACCUGACGAGAGCGUUACUGGAGAGCCAUGACCGGGGGGCCCUUCAUCCUUUCCUGACAGACGGAGAUGCAAACUUGACAGAAGGGCCAGGGUAUAAUAUCAUCCUCAUCAAAGAUGGCGUUCUGUACACUCCAGAUCGAGGGGUGCUCGAGGGAGUCACCAGGAAAAGUGUGAUGGAGAUUGCCAGGGCAAACGGAAUUGAGGUUCGAAAACAAGUUGUGCCGGUGGAGCUGGCGUAUCAAGCCGACGAAAUCUUCACCUGUACAACAGCCGGUGGUGUUAUGCCAAUCACCAGUCUUGACGAGCGACCGGUGAAAGACGGUCAGAUCGGCCCCAUCACCAGGAUUAUCUGGGAGGAAUACUGGGAGAUGCACUACAACCCUCAGUAUAGCUUUGUUGUUGAAUACGAUAACCGCUCCCAUUUGUAA